AUGACGCUUAAAUAUCUGAUUACAGGUGCUACUGGCGGUCUUGGUAGCCGUGUGCUUGCUUACUUGGUUGCCAAUGUGCCACGGUCAGAAUAUGCUGCAACCUCUUCCCAGGAAGCAAAUCGAGCCUUGUUUGAAAAGAAUGGAAUUGCCUUUCGAGUUGCCAACUAUGACGACCCUGCAACUCUAGAUACUGCUUUCAAUGACGUCGAGAACUUGUUUUUCGUUAGUACAGAAAACUUUGACACUGCCGGGCGUAUACGGCAGCACCGUAAUGUUGUCGAGGCUGCGAAGCGGACGGGUGUUAAACAUGUAUGGUAUACGUCUCUUGCCUUCGGUGGUCUGCGCUCAGACUCGAAGAUUGGUGUACAAAGAGCCCACCUAGAAACCGAGAGGAUUCUUCAAGAGUCUGGUGUGACGUAUACCUCCAUCCGAGAAGGCCUCUACGCCGAAAUUUUCCCCAUUUUCCUUCAGUGGUAUCCCGAUACCAAGACAGUCUACACUUCAGAUUCAACCUCGAUGACAUUCACAUCGCGUGAUGAACUGGGCGAAGCAAAUGGGAAAUUACUUAUUCGAGGUGGCUAUGAAAAUGAGAUUAUUCUUUUGACUGCGAAUGAAGCACUCCAUGCCGCCGAUCUCGUUAAGAUCAUUAACGAGACUACGAACCGGCAAGUAGAGUUAACACUAACAACGCCGGAAAAAUAUGUCGAGUUUCGGAAGGCAAACGAUGAGUCCACAAAGCCUGACUCUUAUUGGCAACAGAUACUCAACUGGCUUGACGGUUUUGCGAAAGGGGAUACCGAAAUGUCUCAUCCAUUGAUGGGUGAACUUUUAGGAAGAGAGCCUAAGUCUGGAAGCCAGGCAAUCCGCGAGCUUUUAAAAGAGAACCCUAAUGCUACUUGGCCUGAGACCGAAAAGGGUGUCGGGUGGGAUAUCGCAAAACAACAAAUUUUCCCUUACGAAGCUUUUUGGUGUGUUUGA